UGUAUAUAGGACGUCUGUUAAAGGAGGCUGUUAGUUGUUACAGCAGUGUUGUCUUUAGUUAAAGCUAUUGCUUAGCUUAGCUGGUCGGUAUUUAUUAAUACACUAGAGAAGAGAGAACAAAGAGCUGUUUAAUUGCUCACAUGCUAGCAGAAACGCCUGUGAAUAGUAUGUCAAUUUCAAGAUUCUGCCAAAAACAGAGCUUAUUAUGCUCCGAGACAAAGCUGGUUACUUCUUUUGUUCAUAUCCGCAAACCCAUACUUGGUCGUUUCAAGAAUUUGCCUCUUCAUUGCUUGUUUCUCAAUUUUCCUUCUUGUGGGUCUCCUUUAAUCUAUUCCUGACGCCCCCUUCUUGUAAUUGCUUCAAGAUAUCUUAAAGUUUUUUUAUUUUUUUAUUUUUUUUAUACUGGAAGAAUUAUAUUUUGUGCUUUAUGUUCUGAUUCCGUACCGUACCAUCAUUGAGUUUGGGGAGAUUGGUUAAUAUAUGGGAUGGGUGGAGUGACGCUGCAACUUCUUUGUUUGUUGCUGGAAGUCUGUGCCUUUGCUUUUUCUCAGGGAUCUGCAGGUUUCAGUUUAUCCCCCUUUGCAUCUGCUUCCUCAGCAAUUCCUCCCAUCGAAGAGGGAAUACCCUCUUCCGUCGCUCAUGGGAAUGCAUUCAGAAGUAAUGCACCUGCUCCUGCAUUUGAGCUAAAUGGCACAUCUCCUCUUGCAAAUGUCUUUCCACCACUGAAGUCUGACCCAGUCUUUCAACCUAGAGAAGUUCUUACACCAUCUCUGCAACCAAGUGCUCCUACAAUAUUGCCACCACCCAGUUCAGCACCACCUCCAAUCACUUCAGCCCUGCCACAAAUCACUUCUCUACCAGCUCCUCCUCCUCUAAUCAUGUGGAAUGGCCCCGCUCCAGUUCUGCCUCCAAGUGCUCCUAGGAGAGACCAUCGACGUACUGAACAUCCUGUUGUUGUGCCAGAAGCUCCAGCACCAGUCUCGUCACCUGGAAGGAGAGCUCCCGAAGAUGCACCAACUAAAGCUCCACAGCUACCUGCAUCUACGCCAUCCUGUGAGAGCAAGCCACCCGAGGGUCCUCUCUCCUCAAUUGCCCUGGUCCUGAAUGCGCCUGCUCCAAGGGGGAAGCCGCAAAAUUCACCGCCCAGCCUACCAAGAAAUCCAGAAAUUUCACCAUCAAUUCCGCCAGUCCUGAAUGCACCUGCUCCAAGGGGAAAGCCACAAAUUUCACUACCUACCCUCCCAAGAAAUCCAAAUAUUUCACCAUCCACUCCACCAGUCUUGAAUGCGCCUGCUCCAAGGGGAAAACCGCAAAAUUCACUGCCCUAUCUCCCAAGAAAUCCAGAAAUUCCACCAUCCAUUCCACCAGUCCUGAAUGCGCCUGCUCCAAGGGGAAAGCUACAAAAUCCUCUGUCCACCCAUCCAAUCAUUCCAGAAGUCUCACCAUCUAUUCCAUCAGUCCUUAAUGCGUCUUCUCCGAAGGGAAAGCAUCAAAAUCCACUGCCCUCCCGGCCAACCAAUCCAGAAGUCUCACCAUCUAUUCCACCAGCGACAAUUGCACCACCUCCGAGGAAGUUGCCUAACAAUUCACCACCCAGCCAUCCAAGAUAUUUUCUGAAACCUCCAUCCGUUUCACCAGUGAAGCAUGAUAUAUCCCCUGUAUCGACUCCAUGGCCAAGCAUCAACCGCAAAAGAGCAAGUGCUCCAGUGGUUGCACCUCCUAAUGGAAUUACCAAUCAGCAUCCAGCAAAAGGAUCGUCGUUACCACCGCUGCUUGCGCCUUUAACUUCUCCAGAAAGUCAUGAUUCUCCUACAAUAUCACCAUCUCCAAGUACUUCAUCUCGACCAAUUAAAAAGCCAUUUGUUUCCCCUAAAACGUCUCCUUCUGGAUCUUCACCGAGGCAUACAAAUAUACCGCAUCCAUUUCAAGCACUACCACCUCCACCUCCUAAUGAAGAUUGCACAGCAUUGGCGUGUGCGGAGCCUCUCACAGAUGGUCCACCAAAAGCACCUUGUGUUUGUGUCUUGCCCAUGCGAAUUGGACUACGUCUUAGUGUAGCACUCUACACCUUCUUUCCUUUGGUUUCAGAGUUGGCUGCAGAAAUUUCUGUUGGGGUAUUUUUGGAUCCAAGUCAAGUUCGUAUUAUGGGAGCAAAUUCAGCCAGCCAGUAUCCAGAAAAGACCAUUGUCCUUAUUGAUUUGGUACCCCUUGGAGAAAAAAUUGAUAACACUACUGCAUUUCUGACAUCACAAAGAUUCUGGCAUAAACAAGUUGUUAUAAAUUUUUCACUUUUUGGUGAUUAUGAUGUAUUGUAUGUGCAAUAUCCAGGUCUUCCACCGUCUCCGCCUUCAGCAGCUUCAGACAUUGAUGCCAUAGGUAGCCAACCUUAUCCUGGUGAUAAUAACGGAAGGACCAUACAGCCCCUUGGAGUUGAUGUGAGGGGGAAACAGCACAAAAGUGGGCCAAAUCGGAGUGUCAUAGCAGUAAUUGUAUUGUCAGCCUCUGUCGCAGUUAUUUUAUGUUGUGCCAUUGCAUGGGUUUUGCUUUUCAGACACAGUAAUCGCGGAUAUCAGUCGGAACCAACUCCACCAACUACAUUACCAUCCCUUGCAAAGUCAUCAGGAAUUGCAGCCUCCAUGAUUGGGGGUAGGCCGAACUCUCCUUCACUAUCCUUUAGUUCUAGCUUUGCCGCUUAUACUGGUUCAGCUAGAACAUUCAGUUCAAAUGAAAUUGAGAGAGCAACUGACAGCUUCAAUGAAGCAAGAGUACUAGGUGAAGGGGGAUUUGGUCGUGUUUAUAGUGGUGUGCUUGACGAUGGGAUGAAAGUGGCAGUGAAAGUCCUCAAGAGAGAUGACCAACAGGGUGGUCGUGAAUUUUUGGCUGAAGUAGAGAUGCUUAGCCGUCUCCAUCAUAGGAACUUGGUCAAGUUGAUUGGCAUAUGUCUUGAGGAGCGCAAUCGAUGUUUACUUUAUGAGCUCAUCCCAAAUGGCUGUGUGGAGUCUCACCUUCAUGGUGUUGACAAGGAAAUUUCUCCACUUGAUUGGAAUGCCCGAAUGAAAAUAGCACUUGGCGCUGCCCGAGGCCUGGCCUAUUUACAUGAAGAUUCCAGUCCCCGUGUCAUACACAGGGAUUUUAAGUCUAGUAACAUCUUACUGGAACAUGAUUUCACGCCGAAAGUGGCUGAUUUUGGUUUGGCUAGAGCUGCAUUAGAUGAAGGAAACAGACACAUAUCCACUCAAGUCAUGGGAACUUUUGGGUACGUAGCUCCAGAAUAUGCUAUGACAGGGCAUCUCCUUGUAAAGAGUGACGUUUACAGCUAUGGUGUUGUUCUGCUUGAGCUGAUAACUGGAAAAAAGCCAGUGGAUAUGUCCCAUCCUCCAGGUCAAGAGAAUUUAGUGGCUUGGGCACGGCCACUCCUAACAAGUGAUGAAGGUCUGGAGUUGAUUGUGGACCAUACUUUGGGCCUUGAUUUCCCUUUUGAUGACAUUGUAAAAGUAGCUGCUAUUGCGUCAAUGUGUGUUCAACCAGAGGUAUCGCACAGACCUUUCAUGGGUGAGGUUGUCCAGGCCUUAAAGCUGGUAUGUAACAGAUGCGAACAGCCAAAAGACAUCGAGUCUCGAGGUUGUAGCCGAGAUGAUCUGUCUAUUGACACGGAGGGCAGGAUUAGUAUAGCUUCAAGACAAAUGUUGAACCCUAUACGACCUCAAUCCCCGGUCUCUAACUCGGACAGUGAGCUGGAUGUUGAGAGGGGACUUUCAAUGUCAGAUUUACCGAGUCCAUUAGCAAGAUAUGGGAAGCAAGAAUCUGGUUCAUUUAGGAGGUACUCUAGUUCAGGUCCUCUAAGAAACGGAAAAACCAGGAGGCUAUGGCAAAAAAUGAGAGGAUUAUCUGGAGGUAGUGUGAGCGAGCAUGACGUGAUGUUUGGGUUAAGGCCUGGAUCCCGCUAAUCAUGGUUGAAGUUUCCAUCUUUGGUUGAUAAAUUUUGCUGCCAAAUGUCAAUUUUCACCAUCCAUGCCGAAUGUACUAGAUUGAGCAUGCAAUUGUACAACUUCUUCUUUGGUCUUCUUGACCAAGACAUAGAAUGAGGAAGCAAACACCAUCAUACUCAAACUUAUAAUGAGGAAGCAAACACCAUCAUACUCAAAUUGUUUUGAAUGCUGUAGAAUCCACGAGUAUGACAAGCCCUCUGUUAAUAGCUGGGAAGAACUGCGCACGAGAUAUCAGAAUGGGGAUUUCAUCUUAUGUAAGAAUAUUUAUUGUAGCAUGCUAAUUGUUUAUAAAAUGAAUUGUUGAAAUUA